AUGUCAACGAUCUUGGGCGAGCAGACAUCCCCGUUUUACACUAUAGCUACUCUCAUAGCUGGAAGUUCCAGUACUUUUUGCAUCAAAGUCCGACUCGAUCAAGGCGUGAAGUAUAUCUUUAAGGUAGAUGGUCCCAACAUGAUUUCUCUUCUAGGUUAUCAUCCCCAAGAUAUCGAGGCCGGGGCUCAAUUGACCCCACAUGCUAAUACACCCAUCGCCGAUGUCCCAGUGUCGCCUCAUGGAUCUGUGUCCAACCCCAGUCGAAUGGAAAAUUUGGCGCACUCCGGCAGCCGUGUACCUAGUUCUGCAUCCACUACUAUGCCUGGACCUGAUGUUCCAGCGUCGCCUCCUAGAUCUGUGCCAAAUCCCAAUCGAAUGGAGCAUCUGGCCUCACAGUCCGGCUAUAUGUGGACAUUGUAUAAUAGGGGUCCUGCCGCGAAGAGGGUGAAGGGAGAGGAUGGUUACGCCAGAAGUCAAUCACUGAACUACAUCGAUGAUGGUGACGAGUUCGAAAAACCCGCAGGGUCUAGUAAUAACAAGAGGAAGGCUGCUCAAAAAGUAGACCCAUCUCGCUCCUAG